UUUGCUGUUGAAGUUUAUGUUGAAGUUGUACGUGUGCGCGAGCGAGCUGUUAGACGGAAGUUAGGGAAGUUUUUAUUCCUAUUUAUUAUUAUUAUUAUUAUUAUUAUUAUAACGGUUUUAACACUUUUCUUAACAUUUACUUUACGUUUUAAAAGCGUCGCUAUGGUGACGUGUGGCGUCUUUUCCACGCGCAGUUUAUAUCCUAAAUCCAGACGCUUUUUCUAACUAGCAAAGCUAAUUUUGUGCUAACGGCUGACAGGCGGUUGGACACUGAGGGGAGACACAGGUGUUGGACACUGAGCAGGUUGGAGGUCUGAGGAAGCUUCUGUUUCUGGUUGAAGGAGCUUGUGUGAGAUGGAUGUGGAGCUUCACUGAACAUCAAACGAGUGUCAGCGUGUGGUGAAAAUGGUGAAAAUGUUCCAGUUGAAAGGACUCUGCAGUCGCUCCUCCUUCUACUUCGGCUUCCUGGUGGGCACAUGUUCUCUUUACAUGAUCCUGCAGCAGUGGUGGUACUCGCACUCGUACUUUUAUCCACGAUCCGAUGACACGGCCCUGAGGAGGCUGGAGGAAGAGCACAAGAACUGGAAGAAGGAGAGGUCUGCGCUGUUUAACCUCAACCACCCGCACCACAUCGGUGAGGACAGCAGCCUGUCGGAUUCCCUGUACAACCGUGUCCGUAUACUGUGUUGGGUGAUGACGGGUCCCAGCAACCUGGAGAAAAAAGCUCGUCACGUGAAGGCCACGUGGAGUCGUCACUGUAACAUCGUGGUGUUCAUGAGCUCGGUAGACGACCCGGACUUCCCCACUGUUGGACUCAACACCAAGGAGGGUCGUGACCAGCUGUACUGGAAGACCAUCAAGGCCUUCCAUUACGUCUUGGAAAAGCACGGUACCGAAGCCGACUGGUUCCUCAAAGCUGACGACGACACAUACACUGUGGUGGACAACCUGCGCUGGGUGCUGGCCAACCACUCGCCAGACGAGCCUGUGUACUUCGGACGCCGCUUCAAGCCCUAUAUGAAGCAGGGCUACAUGAGCGGCGGUGCCGGAUACGUGCUGAGCCGUGAGGCACUCAAGAGGUUUGUGGAGGGAUUUCGCACCAAAACGUGCACUCACACUACCUCUGUGGAGGACCUCGCCCUGGGACAGUGCAUGGAAAGAAUGGGUGUGGCUGCCGGAGAUUCCCGAGACACGCUCCAGAGAGAGACGUUCCAUCCAUUUGUCCCGGAACAGCACCUCACUGCCAAGUUUCCCAAGAGCUUCUGGUACUGGAACUACUGCUACUACCCUAUAGUCGAGGGUCCUCAAUGCUGCUCAGACCUGGCCGUGUCCUUCCACUAUGUGGACGCUCAGAUGAUGUACCUGCUGGAGUAUUACACCUACCACCUGCGUGCCUUCGGGUAUCGUUACCGCUACCAGCCCCCGGAGCCCAACCCCGUCCCGUCCUCUGAGCAGGAAGACAAACACGACGCCAAGAUACGGGAGGCAGAGGAGCAACCUGAACAUGAACACAACAGCGUCUGAACAACUUUUUUUCUGGAAUCCAAAAAUUAUACAAGUGUUUUUUGUUUUAAUUUAGAGGUGGGGGGGGUGUUUGGGUACCAUGAUUCUGGUUUUACUGAAGUUACCCUUUGGUUCAAAAAUGUGUCCUGAAUGCUGACAGCUUAAAUAUGUAUAGUGCCUCUACAGGUGUGUGUGUGUUUGAGUGAGUGUGUGUGUGUGUGUGUGUGUGUGUGUGUGUGUGUGUGUGUGUGUGUGUGUGUGUGUGUGUGUGUGUGUCUGGGUCUCAGUUACUGUAUAUGUAGGCUCGUCCACAAUGCCUUCGUAACCUUCUACACCAAAUGAACACACUCCCCAGUCACAUUCUUUUCCUUUGCGUCUAUUUAAAAUAGAUCUCGUGGCGAUGCUACACGUGAGCUCAGGUUGUGACGUCACAAAGUUACCCACCGAUCACUUAGAGCCAGACUCCUUAAAACACAGGCUUUAUCUCAUUCAGCUAAUGAAAGAGACGGAGGGUAAGCUGUCGUGGUUGUCAUAGUAACGUCCAAGCGCACGCUGACGAUUGUGAGCUAGCUACAAUAGCUAGUGGAGUCAGAGAUUGUUUAGCUUGGUGACUGGGAUCCAUGAAUAGUCAUGUGUCUUUGUUUCUCUGGUGAGUUUAAUGUCGUGUUUUUUUGUGUUCAUGUUUAUUCCGUGUUAUUAUACAGAGAGUUUUGGACCUUCUUGAUCCCCAUCAGCGCUCGCAGGACGACCGGAGCUAGUCGAGGUGAUCGAGCUGCCAUCAUAAGCGUAACAGGAUCGUGGCAUGUCGUUAUGUGUGAAUACUCUGCUGUACGCCACACCCCUUUUCGGCCACACCCGCUCCUCGGCCACAUGGUUGUUAUACGGCUGAAGUUUGUUUGACGUGUCUCAGUCAGGCGUGAGAGUACAAUCUUCCCCAAAGUGUUUAUAUAGGUUUUAUCGUUUUAAUCUUUUAUCUUGCUGCUGGUAUAAAACAGGUCAUUUUAAAGCUCCUGACAGUUCUGACAUAUCUUUACACCAUCCAUCACCCCCAGAUCACAUGGUUGUUCCACCUGGGACACGUUUAACUGAACACUUCAUGAAGACGCAUCAUCUGACCCCAAGUCCUCCAGUUACAGUGAGUUCGGUGUAGACGUGUCAAGAGAUCGAACACGUGGUACCCGAGAUAUUAAGCCGUGAUUAGUAUAUGUACUCUGACUCCAAUUAACCUCGAAGUGGUUAAUUUUAUUGCUAUUGAAACCAAAUGGGCGAUACUGAGAGCUGAUGAUGAGUACAGUCAGUACACAGUAGCACAGAGUGUUUGUUUGGUUUAUUUUUCUAAGGGUUAUGACCUCCUUUUGUACUGUUUGCAUAAUCAUUGUAGGUCUUUUUGUUUUAUUUGUUGGUUUUUUAAGAACACCGCUGUGCUGAAAUGCUGAGUUUUGGUCCUCUGGCUUUCAUGGAAAUGGGAGUAAAGUUAAGGUUUUAUCACUCUGUAUUAAUAUUUUUGUAUAACUAAAGUGUGUGUGUGUGUGUGUGAGAGAGAGAGAGAGGGAAAAAAAUCUGUACAGUAAAUUUACAGCAGUCUAUUUAUAGAUUCAGAAUGAAAAUCACGGAGUUACAUAAUAUUUAAUAAAGAUGUAUUUUACCAUAA